AUGGCGCCAAAACCCAAAAUCGUCCUUGUUGGAUCCGGUAUGAUCGGAGGAGUGAUGGCUACGUUGAUUGUUCAGAAGAACUUGGGUGAUGUGGUCAUGUUUGAUGUCGUGAAGAACAUGCCCCAAGGAAAAGCGUUAGAUACAUCCCACUCCAAUGUGAUGGCGUACUCCAACUGUAAAGUCACAGGAUCUAACUCCUAUGAAGACUUGGAGGGAGCUGACGUAGUAAUUGUGACAGCAGGUUUCACGAAGGCACCUGGAAAGAGUGACAAGGAAUGGAACCGAGAUGACCUACUCCCACUGAACAACAAAAUUAUGAUUGAAAUAGGAGGACACAUAAAGAAGUUGUGCCCAAAUGCUUUUAUCAUCGUUGUCACAAACCCAGUUGAUGUCAUGGUGCAGCUGCUCUUCGAACAUUCCGGUGUACCAAAGAAUAAAAUUAUCGGAUUAGGUGGUGUUUUAGAUACAUCUAGGUUGAAGUACUAUUUGUCACAGAAAUUAAAUGUCUGCCCUAGAGAUGUGAAUGCACUUAUUGUCGGUGCACACGGAAAUAAAAUGGUGCUUCUGAAAAGAUACAUCACUGUAGGAGGUAUUCCACUUCAAGAAUUUAUUAACAACAAAAAAAUUACUGAUGAGGAGGUGGAAGCCAUCUUUGACAGAACCGUGAACACUGCAUUGGAGAUUGUUAACCUUCUUGCCUCACCAUAUGUUGCACCCGCUGCAGCUAUUAUCGAAAUGGCUGAAUCUUAUUUGAAAGAUAUUAAGAAGGUUCUUGUCUGUUCCACUUUAUUGGAGGGUCAAUAUGGCCACAAGAAUAUCUUUGGUGGUACUCCUCUUGUUAUCGGAGGAACCGGAGUUGAGCAGGUCAUUGAGUUGCAACUCACUGCAGAGGAAAAGGCCAAGUUUGACGAAGCUGUGGCGGAAACCAAAAGAAUGAAGGCACUCAUUUAA